UACGUCAUCCGCUGCUGUUUCUCUCCCGUGUGACAGACUGCUUGCGGUGCCGGUUAUUAUAGGAUGGCGGUGUCUCCCGGGCGGGACGUGUUUGCUGAGGGGCUGCUGGAGCUGCUAAAGCCUGCGGUGCAACAGCUCGACUCCCACGUACAUGCCGUCAGGGAGAGCCAAGUGGACCUUCGGGAGCACAUUGACAACCUUGCGUCAGAGCUCUGCAAAAUAAAUGAGGAUCAGAAGGUGGCGCUUGACCUGGAUCCAUAUGUGAAGAAGCUGCUGAAUGCUCGCCGGAGGGUUGUCCUUGUAAACAACAUUCUGCAGAAUGCACAGGAACGGCUGAGGCGUCUCAAUCACAGCGUUGCCAAGGAGACCGCUCGUAGGAGAGCCAUGUUGGAUUCUGGUAGCCACCACCCUCCUGCUUCUCCCAACAAAUGAGAGGUACAGGAGAUUAGGUUUCCUGAAGCUUGGGGGUUUUGGUUGUCUUCCCCAUGGCAAAUGAGAUGUUGGGACAGUCAUGGGGCUCUGGCCUCUCCCAACAUCAUAUUUUCUGGGGCCCAGAGGCAAAACUAAGCCCCCCUGUGCAGGAACUUUAGUGCCAAUAUUCAACCCGUUUAACUGCACUGGGAAUGUUUCAUGCACUGCACUAAGCAUUCCUCUAUAAAGCCAUUCCCUCCAGCUCUACCAGUGGAGAUGCAUUACUUUCCCAGCAUUCCUUUCUGCUGGUCGCUGGCCUGGUUCAGUCAUGUGAUCCCUAAAUGUGUUGUAGAGCUUCCGCAGUAAUGGAACCGGCCGUGUUCUGGAGCAGGUUUGGUGCUACAGUGAUAACUUUGUAUUGACUUGAUCGAUGUCACCCUGCUGUGUCCCCUCAAUAUUUAUUUUGCAAGGAUAUCGUUAUGUUGUUAAUGGCGGCUUGUUUGCACUAAACUGGAAUGUUACCUCUAGUGUCUUCAUGGGCCCCUAUGGUUUGGGACUGACCCUCAGAAUGAUGAGAUUAUCAGCGUGAGCUUCAUCUGUUGCAUUGUGAAAUAACUGCUAUUUUCCAGUACCAUUUGUAUGCACUGCCUUUUAUAUCAGUAGCCUUUUCUGUUUCCUUAUGCUCCUCUACGAAUGUAUUCAAUAAAUAUCAGCAGAACA